UUAGAUAAAACUGUUGUGAACAAAAUAGCAGCAGGCGAGAUUAUUAUAGCUCCUGCAAAUGCCUUGAAAGAAAUGUUGGAAAACUCCAUCGAUGCCUCUUCAUCCUCAAUUUCAGUCUUAGUUAAAGAUGGUGGUUUAAAAUUAUUGCAAAUUACAGAUAACGGAACUGGCAUAGAAAAGGAUGAUUUGCCCAUUUUAUGCGAAAGAUUUACCACUUCUAAAUUAUCCAAAUUUGAAGAUCUAACUUCAAUUUCAACCUACGGUUUUAGGGGAGAAGCGUUGGCCAGUGUUUCUCACAUUUCUCAUUUGACUGUUACAACAAAGACAAAAAAAGAUGAUUGUGCUUGGAAAUGCCAAUAUUCUGAUGGCAAGUUGGUUCCAUUGAAUCCAAAUUCAAAAACAACAGAUCCUAAACCUGUGGCAGGAAAGGAUGGAACUCAAUUUACCGUUGAAGAUUUAUUUUACAACGUUCCUUCAAGAAAAAGAACUUUUAAAUCUUAUAAUGACGAGUUUAACAAAAUUUUAGAUGUAGUUGGAAGAUAUGCUAUUCACACAGACAAUGUUGGAUUCUCUCUUAAAAAGUUUUCUGAAUCUCAUUACGCUUUAGUAACUAGAAAUAAUCAACAAAUCAAAGACAGAGUCCGAACUGUUUAUGGUUCUAUAGUUUCAAAUGAGUUAAUUGAUAUAAAAGUACCUGAAUCAGAUGAAUAUGGUUUACAAUCGGUCACUGGAUUAAUAUCAAAUUUAAAUUAUAAUAACAAAAAAAAUAUCCAGCCAAUUUUUUUCAUAAACAAUAGAUUAGUGUCUUGUGAUCCUUUAAAAAAGUAUAUACAUAAUCUUUAUUCUGUGUUUUUACCAAAGGGUUCCAAACCGUUUAUUUAUAUGAGUUUAUUAAUCAAUCCAAAUUUAGUUGAUGUAAACGUUCAUCCAACAAAACGUGAAGUUCGGUUUUUAUAUGAAGAUGAGAUAAUUGAAAAAAUUUGUAAUGUUAUUCAAGAGGAAUUGAGUAAAAUUGACACAUCAAGAAGUUUUCAAACCCAAGCUAUUUUACCACACUUGAAUCAACUCAAGAAAAAUAAUCAGUCAUCUAUGGAAAAUGUUAAACAAACAUCAAAACAAGAAAUUCAAAUUCAAAAUAGCGAUUUAAAUCUUUACAAACAAGUAAGAAAUGAUUCUGCUCAAUCUAAAAUUACCUCUUACUUAAAUUCAAAUGAUAAUGAUAAUAAUGAUAAUAAUGAGGAUGAUGAGGAUGAUGAGGAUGAUGAGGAUGAUGAGGAUGAUGAAGAUAAAGAUGACGAAGAAGAAGAUGACGAUGAUAAAAAUAAUACUAAUAGUGAAAAAAAUAUUGAUAACAAAACCAAUGUUGAGCCAAUAGAAAUUGUUAAUGAACUGGAUACUGAAAAUAAUAACUUAAUUGACUUGGAAUCAAAUGGAAAAUACCAAUUUUCGGCUAAAGAAAGAGUUGAUGUUAAUUUAACAAGUAUCAUUACAUUAAGAGAAAAUGUUGAAAAGUCUAUUAAUAAAGAGCUAACGGAAACAUUUGCUAAUUUAAUAUAUGUUGGAAUUGUGGAUGAAGUCAAAAGGAUAGCUGCAAUCCAAUAUGAUGUCAAAUUAUAUUUAGUUGAUUAUUCUAUGAUCUCGUAUAAUUUAUUUUAUCAAAUCGGUUUAUCUGAUUUUAAUAAUUUUGGAAAAAUUUAUUUAGAUGAACCAAUAUCAAUCAAAGAAUUAUUGAUUUUCGUUAAUAAAGCAGAAUCCAAGGUUUUUGAUGAAAAAACACCAGAAGAUCCAAAUUUCAAAUUGCCAAAUUCACAAAGUUUUGAUUUGGGCUCGAUAUUGAAAAUAUUUAUCAAUAUGGAAGAGAUGUUGAAUGAGUAUUUUAGUAUUGAGAUAGAUAUAACUAGUUCUCCUGAUGAUCCUCAAUUAGUUUCAUUGCCAUUGUUGGUGAAAGGCUACAUUCCUGAUAAAUCUAAACUACCUAUUUUCUUUUACAGAUUGGGAACAAAAGUAAAUUGGGAAGACGAAACAGAGUGUUUGGAUAACAUUUUAAAAGAGUUGGCAUUGUUUUAUGUUCCCAAUGUAUUACCAUCGUCGUACUCAAAGAAUGAAGAAAAGAUAAAGGAAUAUAACGCAAAGAUUGAAUUUUUAUUCACAGUUAUCAAGAAAAGAUUUUUGGCUAAGGAAGAAUUGCAGAAAUCGGUGGUUGAAGUUGCAAAUCUACCUUCGCUUUACAAGUGUUUUGAAAGAUGUUGA